CUGAUUUGAUAAGUGGAGUCGCACCGGCUCCAUCUUCUACUAUACGGUUGCAACUGUAAUUUUUUCAGAUAUGUUUUUUUGACCGACCGACCCCACCGUCAGAGGGGAAAAAAAUAUAUAAGAAACCAUAGAAAUAAAGAAAGCUAUCCGCAUGAAAAGCGCAUAGGCCAACCGGGUGAGGUCAUUUAUUGUCUGUUUUCAGAUGUUUGUGCCCGACUUAAUCAGUGGCCUUUUAAACAGUUCAGCUUAAAUCUGGUUUCCCGCGACACAUUAACCCUAAGUACAAUGACUGCAACCACUAAGGAGAUGACACAAUAGUUGUCUGCAGAAGCUAUAGCUCUACCUUUGGCACUGUGCACCUAGUUUAUAAGGGGACAGAAAAGAGGCACAAUCUUUAUAUUGCCGUGAGCAGCUCCCCGUGUGGCAUUGCCAGACCAGCAUCGAAGCGACCAACACGCCCAAAAAGAGAGUAAAACGUCGUCUACUUAUUUCUGUGUGCUCUCGUGAUCGACUCGACGCAUCACCAUGUACAAAGUGAUGAUGACUGUUUUCCUGCUGACGGUUCUUGCUGUUACUCCGUCGGUGUCGUGGGACAAUAACUGUCUGUCUUUGCGAGAUCAUUAUUUGAUGAAGUCUAUUGGCCGCAUCACUAAGGAAGACAUGCAACUGGGCAUGGCUGCCGUCGCAUGCGAGAGUUGCUACCGGCAGGUCUGCACCCUGGAGCAGUUGAAGGAAGCCUACUACUUCAAGUCCAAAGAUGGGAGUUUUCCCGGGGAGCCCGGCUGGUACAACCCUCGACCUGGCGAACGGGCUUCCGGAAACCUUGGUGUGGCUAAGGUCGGUCCUUGUUACGAUUACGACGACGGGCACGAGUGCGCCUUCGAUAUAGAAGGCGUGCGCGCUGUGAGAAUCUACGCAAGUGGCUCGAUCAACGUCGGCCACGCCUUGUGUUGCAGGCGUACCACUCCGUUGGCCGGCGGGCGUGGCAGCAACGAAUACUAGUAUCUUCCCAGUUUGUGUCUCGUGUGCAGGGCAAUUGCUUUGAGGCUUGUCAGUCAUUUGCAUAUUUAGUGGACGUUUAAUGACAUUAUUUUGCGUGAGGUCUGGGCCUCACUUAUCAAAGCACUGCAUGCAUCAAAUCGGAGAAGAACCACUUACAUGAAAAAAAAAACACUUUUAGGCUAUCCUUUCUGCUUGAGUUUCAAUUUUUCAACUUUUAUUAAAUUGAAUUCAAAAAUCGGUAAAAUAAAUUUAAACCGUGACACAAAAUCAAAAUAAUGUUAACUGCAAUUACAUUUGAUGUGAGCAUUUGUAUGCAAUGUGUACAUAUAUAUGCCUUUCUUAUUGUUUUAACCAGAAUGGGUAAAAAAACAAAAAUUGCCGUAAAAUCACUAAUAUUGACGAUUUGGUCACAAUGCGCCUACCUGUUCCAGAAAAGGACAACAAAUAUGUAUUGUUUUUUAAAGAGUCUGGAUUUCAUGAAAUGGUACAGGACUUUGAUUUACGCUUGGUUCAUGUGGUAUCCUUAAUAGCUAACUUUUUGCAUUCUAGUUUGUUGGAAUAAAUCUCGAUUGUGAUAUCCUAAA